UAUGAUCUGGAGUAUGAUACCAAAUUUAUUGAUUCUAUAUCAUUACCUCCUUAAGUAAAUUGGAUCCAGAGUAUUAUAGAAAUUUAUAGACACUGGCCUAGUGUUUGUUGGAUAAUUGAAGAACAGAUCAAAAUAAGGCAGAUGACAUUAAUUCUGGCCAGAUGAUGGUACAUAUUAUGAAGGAUACUGCCAAAAUAAUUAAGCUAAUGGAUUUGUCAGACUGAUUUAGGCAGAUGGAUAAUAUUAUUUUAAAUUUAGGUUUUGUAAUUUGCAGGAAAGUAAUUGGAUGAAUGAUUUAUAAUUUGGGUUUGGCAAAUUUGUGGAUAAUGAGAAUGGAAGGAUAAUUAAAAGAAUGGUUAUG